AUGUUUGAAAUCGCUAACAGUAUAUUAGGUUACGAUCUUCUAAAAUUGUGUUUGAAUGGACCCAAGAAAGAACUGGACAAAACUGCUAUCUGUCAACCUGCUGUGCUUGUUUCAUCCUUAGCAGCUGUAGAAAAACUUAAAGUCGAGAAUUUACAGGCAAUUGAAAAUUGUGUUUCUGCUGCUGGAUUCAUAAUAACAUUUGAAGAUGCUAUAAAACUGGUGAAGGUCAGAGCUGAAGUAAUGCAGGCUUCAUCUGAGGCAAUUCCUAGUGGCAUGAUGUCUGUGUUCUGUACUCACAAAACAAAAUUGCGCCUUGCAAUGGAAGUAAGCCAGGAAGUUUGCAAACAAAAGCAUGGUAUAAACAAUCCCAUCUGCCAUGUUGCUAACUAUUUAUAUCCAGAUUGUAAAGUAAUUGCUGGACAUGAACAGGCAUUAGAAUUUAUUGCUCAAAAUUCUAAAGAUUUUGGAAUUAAGCGAACCAAACGUUUAGCCGUGAGUGGUGCUUUUCAUACAAACUUGAUGCAAGAUGGAUUGCCAGAUUUCACCAAUGCUCUGAAGAAAGUAGAAUUCCAACCACCUUCAAUUCCUGUGUUCAGCAAUGUAAAAGCUGAGAGGUACUCCAAUUCCAACCAGGAAUUUCUCAAAUUAUUGAGGAUGCAUCUUAUUAAACCUGUCAAAUGGGAACAAAUCAUGCAUAUUUUAUAUUCUCGAAAGAAAGGAGAGAAAUUUCCUCACACUUAUGAGGUGGGACCUGGUAAGCAGCUGGGAACACUACUCCGAAUGGUUAAUGUAAAAGCUUUUGAAAAUUAUCACAAUGUUGAGAUUUGA